GCCCGUGAAUCACUAGCUGGUGAAAUGUCUCCAAAACGACUCCGAAAGCCCUCACUCAUACAGAGAGGCCCACUAAAAACCCACUUAGGUACUGAAUAAUUCCAGGGAAUUGGAUGCGACCACUCUCGAGGUUUGCCGAAAAUUGCCGUAUCUGAUCAAGAUGCUCAUUUAUGUACAAGCCAUCGCCCCCUAACUGAUUUUUUUUCCCGUGAUAAUCUUAUCUGAUGGUGUAGUGUACAGAGAGGUGCACAUAUCUGAUCCGAGCCAGAUCUUUCUUUCACUGGGAGUCGUACCUCGACCAUGGAGGUGAAACCCACACAGCUGAGUGUCGCCAACCAGGAGCAGAAGGAGGCUGAGGUGGACAAGGAGAGUGGAUACGACGAACAGACGGAAAACUUGCUCCGAGCAGCGGGGAUUGGCAUCCAGGAAGAUGGCCCAACGCAGUCGGCCCUGACCCUCCGCAUGUGGGUGCUGGGGAUUAGUUUCUGCGUGGUUGCGAGUGGAUUGAACACCCUUUAUACCUUGCGAAACCCAUCCAUCACAGUCUCGACUUCCGUCAUCCUUUUGCUCGCGUAUCCGCCCGGCAAAUUAUGGGAGAUGUUCGUUCCUGCUUGGCAGGUAUCGCUUGGUUGGUGGUCUUUCAACCUCAAUCCAGGACCAUUUAAUCAAAAGGAACAUAUCCUCAUCUAUAUCAUGUCUAACCUGUCCAUCUACGUUCGUCUUACAGCAGACGUCUUGACCGAACAACAAAUGUUCUUUGAGUAUAACGCGGGAUGGGGCUUCCAAAUCCUCAUCACCCUUGCUACCUUUCUCGUGGGCUUUUGCCUCGCCGGCUUAUUUCGUUCGAUUGUAGUUACACCGCGCGAAUUGGUGUGGCCGGGAGUAUUGAGUACCACGGCCCUCACUGCAACACUUCAUCGAGCCGGAGAAACGGGUUUCCAAACAAAUCAUCUAACCUGGAAAAUCUCCCGAUAUGCUUUCUUCGCUCUGGCCUUUUGUAUUUCAUUCUGCUGGUACUGGCUUCCGGACUUCGUCUUUCCAGCUCUAAGCUACUUCACGUUCCCCUGUUGGAUUAAUCCCAAGAGUCCUGUCGUGAACCAACUUUUUGGAAUGAAAACUGGAAUGGGUCUCCUGCCGUUGACUUUUGACUGGAGCCAAAUAGCUUACGUCGGGUCUCCGCUACUCAUCCCAUCGUGGGCUAUCUUGAAUGUGUUCGGAUCGCUUGUGUUCUGGGUUUGGAUUGUGGCUGUUGCUUGCUACUAUACCAACGUGUGGUAUUCCGGACACCUUCCUUUCCAGAGCUCCUCUGUUUUCGACAACACGGGCGCGGUUUAUAAAGCCGUAAAGAUCGUGAACAAAAAAUCUAGAUAUGUCCUGGAUCCAAAGAAAUAUGAAGCAUAUUCUCCGGUUUUCCUGCCGAUAACCUACGCAAUGAACAUGUUCGGUUUAUCCUUUGCCACGCUGAGCGCACUCCUGGUUUGGAUUGUCCUCGAGAAGGGGAGUGUUAUGGUUGCGGCAGCGCGUCGGGUUCAGCAAAGGCUUUGGUUUUCUCGAUCCAAGGACCCAGCCCCUGCGGAGUGUCUGUCGGAUGUACCUUCGUGGUGGUAUCUAGUUGCAACCGCAGUGGCGUUGUUUCUGUGUAUAUUUUCUGUUGAGUACUGGCAUGUUGAGCUACGAUGGUACGGUGUCCUUCUGGCUUGGGCUGUAGCGCUCGUGUUCUUCUCGCCGCUCGCCUUGGUCUACGCAACAUCCAACCUGAAAAUCAAGAUCGAUGUCUUUUGCCGCAUCAUAGCCGGCCUGGUCUUCAAAGGACGAGUCUUGGCCAACAUCUGGUUCUUCGACCUUGGAUACAUCACCACCAUCAAGGGCUUAUACUUUUGUCAAGACAUGAAACUUGGAAUCUACCUUGGGAUCCCCGCUCGACAAGUCUUCCUCGUGCAAUGCGUCGGAAUGGUCGCCGGCACGCUCAGCAGCGUCGGAGUCCUCAACUGGGCCCUCAACCACAUCGAAGGCGUCUGCACCCAGAAGGCCGUCAACGGAUUCAGCUGCCCCUACUCGCGCAUCCACUUCAACACAAGCUUGAUCUGGGGCGCCAUCGGGCCGCGCCGCUUCUUCAACAAUGACAUCGGAUACAGCGCCCUCCUCUAUUUCUUCAUCAUUGGCCCCGUCCUCGUGAUCGCCGUCUACCUCCUUCGUCGACGCUACCCGAACUCUCUCUGGGAGAAGGUCCACGUCCCGCUCUUCCUCGGCGGACUGAAUUAUCUCCCCCCGGCCACGGGCACCAACUAUAGCAGCUGGGCCAUCACGGGGUUGAUUUUCGGCUACCUGAUCCGGAAACGACUGUAUGCCUGGUGGUACAAGUAUAACUUUGUCCUGAGUGCGGCGCUGGAUUCCUCCGUGUCCAUCGCGGGGGUGGUCAUUUUCUUCACCAUUUUCUUCACGGGCGCGUCGUCGCAUUUCAGCUGGUGGGGGACCAAGGUCUACAAGGCGAAGCAGGAGACCUGUGACUGGAAGGGCUGUCCUCACUUGUCGCUGCCAGAGGACGGCAAGUUUUAUAAAUAA